GUCGUAGAGUCGUGAGCACGCAAUCGUUGUUGAAGAGCGCCCUCUUUGCCUUGUGACGGAUAAUCUUGUGUCGAUUGCGGAUCGUGUUGUUUGUUGUGCUCCUUUUUUCCUUCCAAUGUUUCUGUUCGCCGACGUCGUCGUUGGUCGUUGUAGAAGCGUCGUCGCUGUUGUUCCUUUAGCCGUUGCUGAUAACGGUUCCAGUGAUUUGGUGUGACCAGCGGGAGUAGAUAAGAGUUAUUGAUUUUUUUGUUGUUGCUCCGACGCAGAGGUACAAGUGCGUGAAAUUGUGAGUCGUGGAUUGCGUGGAUGCAGCACUUUAAGAAAAGGUCGGAGAUCAAGUGGUGUUUUGUAAACUGAAAGGAGCUGGUAGAAAGAAAAACCAAGCUCUGGAUUAUAGUGUGGAUUUGAGUGUUUUGGUUAAUUGGGUUACGAAAAGUGGUCGAAUGCAAGAAGCUAUUUAACAGGAAUCCUUCAGGAAGCAGAGAAGAAGAGACACAGCGAGCUAUCGCCGGUAUUUAUGAUAAAAUCAUCAGGAAUGACUGUAACUCCGAUACGAAUGGCGAUGACCAGCCCGACGGUUCCUGUGCAACAGAAGAGUGCCUCGCGGAUUAGUAACUUCAGCGUAGCGUCAUUGCUCGCUGACACCCGGCCUAAGACGCCGACCGGGAUGAUCGGGAUGACGGAAGUACUUCUACCUGCCAAUCUCUCCCAGGCCAGUAGUUCACCCCGAUCCGCCCACGACAGUAGUUCCAUCAAAAAUGAUCCGGAACGAUCGGAUACCCCGCACAGUCUGCUGGAGUCGGACGAUUACGACUCCAACCAGGAAGAUUCGAUUGUGGACAUCGAAGAUAUUCACAAUGAAAACAGCAGUAGUUCUCAGCCGGGAAUGCCGGACAAGAUUGGAUCCCCCUCGAUGUUGCAGCAUUCGGCGGCGCUAACGGCGGCCGGACAUGUUCCUAUCCGACCGACCCCGUUCAGUGCCUUGGCGGCGGCAGCGGCAGCCUGGGGUGGCAUGAGCGGUGGAAUGCCCUGGCCCGCAGCCCGACAAAUGCCUCCCUUCGGUCCGCCCGGUCUGUUCCCUGGACAGGGUUUCGGAUCGGGACAGCUCGGUGCAGCUGGAACGUUAAUGUCUCAAUCGAGCGAAUCCGGGGAAUCGCGUAGUCCUAAUGAGUUGAAACCCCCGGAGCCGAGGAGAGCGGUUCCCAACUGUAACUAA